AUGGUUCGGCUCCAAAGAUGCCUGAGAGGCCGUGCACUGGAGAGCGUUCGAAGUCGUCUUGUAUUUCCGGCAGCAGUACCGCAGGUGAUAGAGACUCUACGCAUGAGAUAUGGGCGACCAGAGUUGCUUAUCAACGCUUUGCUGCAGAAAGUUAGAGCUAUGCCCGCCCCUCGAGGAGAUAAGCUGGAGGCUCUUAUCGAAUACGGGAUGGUCGUUCAAGAGCUGUGCGAUCAUAUUGAAGCAGCUAACGAGAGAGCGCAUUUGGCGAAUCCUACCCUACUACAGGAACUCGUCGGAAAGUUGCCUGCGGAUCAGAAAUUGAUGUGGGCCGGCUACAAGCGAGGACGUGCUGUAGUUGAUUUUAAAACCUUCAGUGACUAUAUGACUGGGGUGAUGCAAGACGCUUCAAGCGUAGUGCUGUAUGAAUCGGACCCACGAAAGAACACCGCAAGAGAGAAAUCGAAAGUGUACGUCAAUUCACAUAAGGCCGACGAGACAGCCACUAAAACGACAACCCAGCUUAAGACCAGUAGGUGUUUACAUUGCGAGAAAGAAGGUCACAAGCUUCGCGAGUGCCAAGCGUUUAGAGCGCUCUCAAUCGAUGAUCGAUGGCGACGGGUUAGGGCACUAACCUUGUGUCAAAUUUGUCUGUAUGGACACGGCAAAAGAGCAUGCCGUAUUAGCAGCAAGUGCAACGUAAACGGUUGUCAGUUCAAACACCAUCCAUUGCUGCACGGGAAAGUAACGACACCAGUAACGCAAUUAGCGAAUAUCAAUACCCAUCGGCCCCAGGAUUCCGGUGUUUUGUUCCGGAUCUUACCCGUGACGUUGUACGGGAAGUCGGGCCAGGUCAACACCUUUGCUUUUUUGGACGAGGGGUCAUCAUUAACCCUUGUCGAGGGCGGUCUGGUAGCGCAGCUUGGCAUAGCAGGAGACUCGCAACCACUUUGUCUGAGGUGGACCGGAAAUACGUCAAGAGUAGAGAUGAAUUCAAAGACGGUGACGAUUACUUUUUCGGGAUUGGAACCACAGCGUCGUUACCAAUUAGUGAAUGCCCGCACGGUACAGAAUUUGGACUUACCGAUGCAAUCCUUCGAUGUAGAGAGGGCAACAAAGAGGUUUGCUCACCUGAGGCAGUUGUCGAUUCAAAGCUACCAUAACGCUAGACCAGCAAUUCUGAUCGGGUUAGACAACCUGAAGCUGGCAGUGCCGUUGAAGACGAGAGAGGGAGAUGGAUCCGGACCGAUCGCUGCCAAAACGCGAUUAGGAUGGUGUGUCUACGGACGUCAAGGUUCACAGGUCAACGAAGGAUUCAGCUUCCAUAUCUGCGGCUGCAACAGGGACGACGAGCUACACGAAGCUGUUAAACAGUUCUUUGCUGUGGAGGAGAGUGGAGUAAGGCAGCUUGGGGACUGUCUCAGCGCGGAAGAACAGCGAGCUCAAGAAAUGCUGGAAAAAACGACGAAGCGUAUCGGCCGACACUACGAAACAGGUUUACUGUGGACGGAAGAAGAAAUAGAGUUACCUGACAGCUACGGUAUGGCAUUGCAAAGGCAUCAGUGUCUACAACGAAGGAUGGACCGCAACCCAGCUCUACGUGAGAAUAUCAGUCGUCAAAUAAAAGAGUACGUAGAAAAGGGUUAUGCACAUAGAGCGACGCCGGCCGAAUUGGAGAAUGCGAACCCCAGGAAAGCUUGGUUUUUACCAUUGGGAGCAGUUACGAACCCAAACAAACCUGGAAAGGUGCGACUCAUCUGGGAUGCAGCGGCGAAGGCCUCCGGUGUAUCACUGAACAGUGUACUGCUGAAAGGACCGGACCAGCUUACCCUCUUACCCGCUGUACUUUUCCGCUUUCGUCUGUACUAUAUUGCUGUUAGUGCAGACAUAGAACAAAUGUUCCACCAAUUGGGUAUAAUACAGGAUGACAAAAACUCAUUACGCUUUCUGUGGAGCGAUACUACGGAUGGGCCGGUCCAAAUCUACCUGAUGGACGUUGCGACGUUCGGUGCUACGUGCUCACCUGCUUCGGCGCAGUACGUCAAAAACGUGAAUGCCCAGGAACACAUCAAGCAAUACCCAAGAGCUGUCGAAGGAAUUUUAAAGAGCCACUAUGUCGACGAUUACCUUGACAGUUUCGGCACCGAAACGCAAGCGGUGAAGGUUUCGGCAGAAGUACGGCUGAUUCAUCACAACGGAGGAUUCCAUCUACGAAACUGGAGAUCAAACAGUGAACUCGGAACUCGGAGAACCAGCGGUAAUAGACAGCAAGAACCUUAA